GCCGGGCUAGUCAAACUAAUUAGAAAACAUAAAUAGUACAUUUAUGAGAGAUUAAUUGUUCAUUCACUUCCGACACAGAGCCACACCUACAUACAGAUAGAGAGGAAGAAACUCAAUUUCUCUCCAUUUCCCUUCACCAAGAACGAAACCCUCAUCUCCAAUGGAGAUAUAGUGUUUUUUUAAUACAGAAAAAGCAAAGCCCAUAACCCCAAUACAUAGAAAUCCCAGAAAAUUCUGUCACUUCACCGAUCAUCUGAUUCUCAGGUCCUCAAGAAUUUUUUAGGUAGAAUCAUUGUCACAACUCCACGCUUACCAAUCAAGCUGCAGAACCAAGCAAUUAAAUGGUCGUAAGUAUCAUGUUUGAGAAAAUUCCAACUGUCUGAAGCAACUUUUGACAGGCUAAUAUUUUGGUGGAGUAUCUAAAGAAUUUCCUCACUAGUGCACUCAAGGCCUUGAUUUGCCAUAAUUGGCCAAGAUGCAAGGGAACAGAAGCAUACUAGAUUCCUUUCCAGAAACUAUCGAUCUUAAUCAGGGAUCUGUUUCAAGUAAUGCUUCUGGAGAUCCGACAGCCCCUUGGAAUAAAUUUCUAAAUCCAGUGGAGGAUCAAUUAUCGAAUUCCAUGCUUUCUCCUGCUAGAGAAAAUCGUAGACGUGCUAAUGGUAUUAGUUAUACAACACAGAACUGCAGUUUGCGGGAUCAAGGUGAGUCCAGCUCCAGUGCCAAUUUUCAUGGCAUUGGACAUUGUAGUUAUUUGAAAAUAGGACAUGAUUGGCCUUCUUCAUCAAGUAAUCAUGUCCUGACUAAUCCAAAGUCAGCAGAGAUGCGAUUUGGACCAUCCAAUGUCCUCCAUCCUGAGAGUUCAACAAGUGGAUAUGCUGGAAGUCAUCUGAUUGGAAGCCCUCCAAUUUUACCAAAUCUUGCCUCGGCUCACAGGCCUGCAAAUGCUAACUUAAGUGGCAUAUACAAUAAUGGUGACACUCGGCUCGUUAUGAGACCAAGUGUAUCUCCAACUGUCUACACUUCUAGCAGCAGAUGGGAAGCGGAGCGUCCUGCUUCUGGUGUCUUUUACAAUGCUGGUACUUCUUCAGGUAGUUCUAGUUAUUGGGCCAGGUCUCCUGAUAUAUCAGAUUCUUCCAUGGGUACUCGGGGUAUAUCCUGCAAGCGCAAGGUCCUUGAAGGCAGUUCUGGGCAGUCUUGUGGUAGAAGUUCAAGCUCCAAUACACAACCUGUGAACAUUAUACCGCACAAUUUUCCCAGUCAGUAUGAUGCUUCCAGCAACUUAAACAUAUCACCAGCAUCUGCAAGUGUGCAGAAUACUUAUCACUUGGAAAACCUUUAUCCAAGAAAUAGGGUUGGUACAAGAGUGGGUGCUAGUGGAGUUGCAGAAACCUCUGCCAGAAAUUCUGGUAGUGGACGGAAUCUUGGGACAGAUUUAGGGCAUUCUAGUGUUGGCUCUACUCUUGUAACUCCUCGACCUAUUUCAGUAUCUAAUUAUUUGGGCUCCAGACAACCAAUUUCACAGCCAAUGAAUGCAGGUAACUCAGGAAGCCAUUCUGGCGUAAUGCACAUUUCUGGUGUUCCAAGUGGUUUGCAUCCAGUUCCUUGGAAUAUAUCUUCUAAUUCACGAGGUGGUAGUUCAUCAAGUUCAAAUGUGGUUUCUGCUGAUAGAUAUGCUGCAUCACAAGAUGAUGCUAACUUCCGGAGCUCAAUAAGAAAUAAUGGGGAACCUCUUCCAUUUGUUCCUGUUCCUGAGACUGAAAAUAUUGUACAGGAUACCACUAAUUGGAGUUUAGCUACUUCAAAUGGAAGCUAUUCCAGAAAUACGCCUUCUAGUUCUGCACUCAGCCGUGGGCCAAGUAUGCAAACUUUUCCUACUGCAUGGACACCUUAUCAAAACUUAGCAAACAGUAGUACUCGUAAUUCUUCUGAAAUUUCUCCUUGGACUCUCCUCCCACCUGUUGAGUCCGAGUCUGGAAAUCAGAGAGGUCAUUAUCCACUUCUAUCUUCAGCUGCUUCUCCUGUGGAGGCGGCAGAGAUAUCAUUGCGAUCUAGUAGCCGGGGAUCUAGUAGCCGUCAUAAUCAUCGAAACCAACUUAUAUCAUCUUUGAUGGCCGAUUUCCCAAGUAAUGAUGUAGAUGGAUGGCGUGGUUUAGCUUCUGAUAUCGAGGGCCGCCACAGAAUGAUUCGUCAAGUCCUGCAUGCCAUGCGGAGGGGCGAGAACAGGCGAUCCGAGGAUUAUAUGAUGCUUGAUCCAUUAGUCAACAAUGUCGCGGAGUUGCAUGAUAGACAUAGAGGCAUGAGGCUCGAUGUUGAUAACAUGUCGUACGAGGAAUUAUUGGCAUUGGAAGAACAUAUAGGAAAUGUGAACACCGGAUUGAGUGAAGAAAUCAUUUUGGGACGUAUGAAACAGUGAAAGCAUGAGCCAGUAUAUGGAGGGUCAUCGUCGCCUUGCUGUAUAUGUCGGGAGGAAUACACAAGUGGAGAUUACAUGGGCAUAUUGGAUUGUGGACAUGAAUUCCAUAGCAGUUGCAUAAAGCAGUGGCUAAUGCUGAAGAAUGUGUGUCCUAUUUGUAAGAUGACAGCCUUAAAAAAAUGAAAUGCAACCAAACAAAGAUAAUGUCCCUCCUCUUCUUCCCAACAAAAGAAUUCCUUGGAAAAGUGUAAAAGAGGGGGUGGAGGGUUCUUUAUAUUAUUACCAUUUUAAAACUAAUGGGGAUAUCUUUUUUUUAU